UCUCGGGCCCCGGGCGGGGGCGGCGGGCCCGCCGACCCCCAGGCGGAGCGACAGGUCUUGGCCCUCAGGGGGAGGGGGGGGGCGCCGGCCCCCCAGGAGGAGCGAAAAGGUCUCGGGCCCUCAGGGGGGGGGGCCGGGGCGGCGCCGGACCCCCAGGUGGAGCGACAGGUCUCGGGCCCUCAGGCGGAGCGGCGGGCGCGGACCUCCAGGCGGAGCGACAGGUCUCGGGCCCAUAGGCGGAUUGCAGAGGGCGACGGACCCCCAGGAGGAGCGACAGGUCUCGGGCCAUCAGGCGGAGCGGCGGGCGCCGGACCCCAAGGUGGAGCG